ACUCCCGUGUCCGCGCGUCUGGCCUGCGGACUGGAACCCGAGGACGUCACCGUGGAGCAGUGUGAUUCCUAUUGGCUGAUCCGGCAGGAUUCCAUCGUGGACGUCACAAAGCGGAAGUUAGACAAUGAGCUUCAGACGAAAACUUCCUCCUCUGGGCAACAUCUGUGAGGAAAUCAAUGUUUCCCCCUUUCCAUUUCUUUUCUCAUUCUGGGGACAAAUUGUUGACUUGCGGGAACUGAAGAGAAAGGAAGUGAAUUCAGGGAGGGUGCAGACUCUGGAAAGGACAGCCUGUGGGAAACUGAUCGCUGGAGUGUCCAGGGUGUCUUUGAGUGAGUCGAGUGGGAUGACAAGUCAGUGAGUCGGCCAGCCGAGAGACGAUGUUGUGACUGAACAAGAUAAGUUCAGAGUGAGAAUAUUAGAAGAGGAGGAUUUCCAGACAGAAAUUUCAAACCAAACAUCAAGGUCUAUCAGUCACUCAAUUCAUCGGGAUCUCAAUAUCAUCGGCCUUUGAAUCUAGAAGGAGAAAUGUUUGUCUGUUCUGUCUGCUUCAAAAGAUUUUAAACAUCAGUGUGACUGGAAAAGCACCAAGACACACACCUGCGAGUGAGAAUGUUCCAGUGCACUGACUGGGGAAAGAGCUUUAACCAGCCUGAAAGAACAUCACACCAUUCACAGUGAGGACAGACAUUAUACAUGUCCUGUGUGAGGACAAGGCUUCAGCUGAUCAUCGGAUCUGGAGAGACACAAGGGCACACGCACCAUGGAGAAACCAUGGAAAUGUGGGGACUGUGGGAAAGGAUUCAGAUCCCCAUCUGAACUGGAAGCUCAUCGACACACUGAUGCUGGGGAGAGACCGUUCAUCUGCUCUGUGUGUGGGAAGGGAUUCACUCAUUCAUCCAACCUGCUGACUCACCAGCGAGUUCACACUGGGGAGAGGCCGUUCACCAGCUCUGUCUGUGGGAAUGGGUUCAGUCAGUUAUCCAGCCUGCAGUCACACCAGCGUAUUCACACUGGGGAUAGGCCAUUUAUCUGUUCUGAAUGUGGGAAGGGAUUCAGUAAUUUAUCCGACCUGCAUAAACACAAGCGAGUCCACACUGGGGAGAGGCCGUUCACCUGCUUUGAAUGUGGGAAGGCAUUUAUUGAUUCAUCCAACCUGCUGCGACACCGAGUUCACACCAGGGAGAGACGGUUCACCUGCUCUGAGUGUGGAAAGGCAUUUAUUGAUUCAUCCACCCUGCUGACACACCAGCAAGUUCACACUGGGGAGACACCAUUCACCUUUUCCGAGUGUGGGAAGGCAUUUAGUAAUUCAUCCAACCUGCAUAAACACCAGCGAGUUCAUACCCGGGAGAGACCAUUCACCUGUUCCGAGUGUGGGAAGGGAUUCAGUCGGUUAUCCAGCCUGCAGAUACACCAGCGAAUUCACACUGGGGAGAGGCCGUUCACCUGUUCUGAGUGUGGGAAAGGAUUCGGUAAUUCAUCUGACCUGCAGAAACACAAAUGUGUUCACACUGGGGAAAGGCCGUUCACCUGCUCUCAAUGUGGGAAAGGAUUCAGUAAUUCAUCUGACCUGCAUAAACACCAGCGAGUUCACAACGGGGAAAGGCUGUUCAUCUGCUCUGAGUGUGGGAAAGGAUUCAGUAAUUCAUCCGACCUGCAUAAACACCAGCAACUUCUCACUGCCAGGAGGCUGUUCACCUGCUCUGAAUAUGGGAAAGGAUUCACUCAGUCACCCCACCUGCUGAGACACCAGUGAGUUCCCACUGGGGAGAGACUGU